UCCGGGGGCGCCAGGAGGUCCAGGCCGCACUCGUCUGGGACCAUGAAAAUGAUUCUGGUGCGCAGGUUCCGCGUGCUCAUCCUGAUGGCCUUCCUGGCGGCUUGCGCGCUGCACCUCGUGCUGGAUCUGCUGCCCAAGCUGGAGCGGAGCGCCGCGCGGCCCUCGGGGGAGCCCGGCUGCUCCUGCGCGCAGCCCGCGGCGGAGGCGGUGGCCCCCGGAUGGGCCCAGGCGCGCGGACACCCCGGAGGGGAGCUGGCGGCUGCAGCCUCCGCCGCCGGCGACGCGGGCUGGCCCAACAAGCACACGCUGCGCAUCCUGCAGGACUUCAGCUCUGACCCUUCCUCCAACCUCACGUCCCACUCGCUUGAGAAACUGCCCCCCGCAGCCGAACCGGCCGAGGGCGCUCCGCCGGGGCAGGAUCCCGGCGUCCCGCGCCCCCCAGAUCCGGCUCACCGGCCGCUACUCCCGGACUCCGGCCCGCGUGGACCUGUGCCGCCCCCUGGCCUGAGCCGGGACGGCUCCCUCCUAGCCAGGCUGUUCCAGCACCCGCUGUACCAGGUCCCCAUUCCACCUCUAACAGAGGGCGAUGUCCUCUUCAACGUGAACAGUGACAUCAGGUUCAACCCCAAGGCAGCGACGGGAGAGAACCCAGACUGGCCACAUGAAGGUCCUGAGGAUGGAUUCCUGCCCACUGGGGAGGCGGCCGUGGACUCCUAUCCCAACUGGCUCAAAUUCCACAUCGGCAUCAACCGAUAUGAGUUGUACUCUCGACACAACCCAGCAGUGGAGGCCCUGCUCCGUGACCUGGGCACCCAGAAGAUCACCAGUGUGGCCAUGAAGUCGGGCGGCACACAGCUCAAGCUCAUCAUGACUUUCCAGAACUACGGGCAGGCGCUGUUCAAACCCAUGAAGCAAACAAGGGAGCAGGAGACACCUCCCGACUUCUUCUACUUUUCUGACUACGAGAGGCACAAUGCGGAGAUCGCUGCCUUCCACCUGGACAGGAUCCUGGAUUUCCGCCGGGUCCCUCCCGUGGCCGGCAGGCUGGUCAACAUGACCAAGGAGAUCCGAGACAUCACGAGGGACAAGAAGCUGUGGAGAACCUUCUUCAUCUCCCCAGCCAACAACAUCUGCUUCUAUGGGGAGUGCUCGUAUUACUGCUCUACGGAGCACGCCCUGUGCGGGAAGCCGGACCAGAUCGAGGGCUCGCUGGCCGCCUUCCUGCCCGACCUGUCCCUGGCCAAGAGGAAGACCUGGCGGAACCCCUGGCGACGCUCAUACCACAAGCGCAAGAAGGCAGAGUGGGAAGUGGACCCUGACUACUGCGAGGAGGUGAAACAGACACCUCCCUACGACAGCAGCCACCGCAUCUUGGAUGUCAUGGACAUGACCAUCUUCGACUUCCUCAUGGGAAACAUGGACCGCCAUCACUACGAGACCUUCGAGAAGUUCGGGAAUGAGACAUUUAUCAUCCACUUGGACAACGGGAGAGGGUUUGGGAAGCACUCUCACGACGAGCUGUCCAUCCUGGUGCCUCUACAGCAGUGCUGCAGGAUCCGGAGGUCCACGUACCUGCGGCUGCAGCUCCUGGCCAAGGAGGAGCACCGGCUGAGCCUGCUGAUGGCCGAGUCCCUGCGCGCGGACCGCGUAGCCCCCGUGCUGUUCCAGCCGCACCUGGAGGCGCUGGACCGGCGGCUGCGCAUCGUGCUACGGGCGGUCAGGGACUGCGUGGAGAAGGACGGGCUGCACAGCGUCAUGGAGGACGACCUGGGCCCCGAGCACAGAGCCGCAGCCGGAAGGUAGUGAACGCGGGCCGCAGCCAGGCCAGCCGCCCGGGACGUGAGCCUGCGUGGGCAGACGGCUGCCGGGACACGUGCCUCACUUCAGACCCGAUCUGCCAGGGGCGCACGCAGACAGAGGCAGCCUGGUGGCGGGCCAGCACCCUUUUGUACGGAAAGGAAGCCUUUACUUACGAUUUUGUAUUUAUACCUGGUGUAAAUGUACAUACAUAGAGAUGUUAUCUGUACAGACCCUGACCACCCCACAGGUCACACAUGGGGGCCACCUGGCCAGUCUAGAUGGUCCUGAGAAGGGCUCCCACUCUGGACUGAGCUCGCAGUAGAAACUCUCCUCCCUUCCCGGGGCUACGGGAGGCUCCCGAGGCCCUCACAGACUCGCGUCAAGGGAUGAACACCGCGUGGGUUUCGAAGUGAAGGACCAGCCGUCCCCCAGCUGCCGCGCUGACCUCACGGCACUGUCUGGAGCCGGUGCACAUGUGACCGGUCAUGAGGCUGGAUACCUUCAAGGCAUUUUCGUGGAAUAGUUUGCAAUGUGGUAAAAGUGCAAUAAAGAUUCAGCAAGUAUGAGCUAGGGCCUCA